AUGAUACGUGGAGAAACGCCGGCAGUCCACGCUCCGGGAUUUACAUCUCGAGACACGGCACGCCGGUUGGAGAAGUACAUUGGCAAAUGCCUGACGCCUUAUUCCCACAUUGCAGGACCCCCAGUGUCUAAAGUGGGGGUUGCACAGUUCGAGUUCCAGGCUCAGAGCGCCAAUGACUUCGCGGCACAGAGGACUGACACCAAGGACCGGUACUUUGCUGCUUCCCAAACCCAUCGCAAUCUCCAUAAACAAGUCGCAAAGGCGGCUGGGGUAUCGCCCCAAGAGGCACCCUGGCCUCGGAUUGUGGCCCUGAUUCAAUCCAUGUUCCCGGACCAUGUGGUGGCGACUGCUCGUGAGCCGCACCCGGACGGUCGCGAGUAUCAUGCUGGCAUAUACCGCGCUAUAGACUCAGGUACGCCUGUGCACUGCGACUGGUCUCCAUACGACUCGGCCACGGAGGAUUGGGUGAUUAAUAAGAUCACUCAUCAGGCCGUGUUCAAUUUGUACCUGGCGCCGAUGGCGCCCGGUGGCGGACACACCGUGGUUUAUGACCGCCAGUGGGAGCAUAGUGUGCUCAGUGACCGCGACCCUGAGAGUUACGGCUAUUUUGAUGAGGUUGUAGAAGGCCGUGACAGUGUCACGCUGCGUCCGGAUGUGGGAGAUCUGGUUUUUUUCAACACUCGUAAUUUGCACAGAGUCCAGAAAUUGGCCGCAGGCAGCGAAGCUCCUGCUUCUCGCAGGAUUACGUUGAGCAGCUUCAUUGGACUACUGCCGCGUGGCGUGCUGGGUGACCGCGAGUGCGUAAUUCUGUGGUCUUGA